UAUGUAAAAAAAAAAAAAAAAGUUUUCCUGCCUAGAACACAGAGUACUUGCAAAUUUAACUUUGUGCUUUGACAUUAGGUGAAAUUUAACUAUUCGCGUGAAGUGAGUUAUAGAGAUUUUGGCUCGCGCUAGCAGCACAACACAGACUGUCGAGCUGAAGAUUCCCGACUUGGAACGUGGUAAGAGAACAAAAGUGAAAGCGACAUGGACCCUUGAGUUAAACUCUUUUAUCUAGAGGCAAGUGAAGUCCCUGUUUGCCUCGUCGCUUGGUGAUGGAGGGGCGUGCGGGCUACUGGCGUUAGUGCUGUUCUCAAGGCAACAGUCUGAAGUUCGUGCAUUCAUAUGAAGAUAUAUGGUUUUGCAAUGGGAAAGCAUAGAUGCUCAAGGAAGUCAUUGCUACCCCUGAGUGGACAAUAUCUGGCCUGUUCAUAGGAUCUUCUGUAACUGGUCUUUUAAUCUCUCAGCCUUGACCCUGAGUGAUGACCUCAGUAUCGAUGUUGAGGACAUGCAGGCUAUACAGGUGCUCAAGGUGCAGUAGAGGGAGUGAUAAAGAGCCAGGUAAUGGAGCGGCGUAGAGGUGGUACUACCGCUGCAGGGUUCCUGGUGUGGACGCCAGCCCCGGCAUACUCCUCUCCCUCAAACCCAGAUGGGUCGGACUACAGCCUGGAUGAAAAACCAGAUGAGGACUUCCAAAGCCAGAUGGAUGAGAAUGGCAUUAUUGGUCUGGCAGAGAGUCAAAGGCAGCUGGAGGUGGAUCAGGAAGUAGAUGAAGAGAUUGCAGAAGACCUGUUGUGGGACGUAAAAACCCCGGAGCCGGAGGAUGGCCCACCGCCUGCACUGGAGGAGAUAAGCUAUCACUUAAGUGAGCUGUUAGAUUCUGAGCCCCUCUCCCAGACCAAUGGAGAUGACUCGUUUUUGCAGGAAGAACAGGAUGAAGACUGGAGUGUUAAAUUGGAAGACUGGACUGAUGAUGAAGAUGGUACAGAGAACAUAAUAAUCCACAAGCAGGAAUUAAACACUUUCCCAGAGAGAGAUCGAGCGUUAGACAUGACAGAUGAGGAGACAGAGGAAAAAAACACAUGUGAAGAUGCUGAAAGACACAUGAACCAUUCAUUUCCAGAGAACUGCAAUAAUAUCCCAACUUUAGAAAUCACUGAACAUUCUAAACCAAGUGAUUGUGAGGAACUCAAGAAAAACAAGGGUAGAUAUCUCCCAGCUUCAUCUCUGUCUUGUGCAAACACAUCUAAUCCUUACUUCUUUACACAUUUGUCCUCAGAAGAGCUGAUGAAUAACUGUGGAAUUGAAGCUGAGACUUUUCCAGAGCUGGCCCUCACUGACAGCAGGGUGGAGUCAUCUCUUAGUGGUCACCAAAACCCCACCCGUAAAACAUACCACACUGUUAGAUGUAGUGGGGAGGACCUUAAGUACAAGGUCACACCUCAAACAUCAGCUAGAAGCCCUGUGAUGAAAAUCAGACUUGAAAACUCAAACAAAGAUGGAAGGAGUGGAGACAAAUUAGACAGUAGGUUGCACAGCUUUGCCCACAAUUGCCAGCCUCCAAUGACUUCUACCAGAAAAACAAACUGUUGUUCACAGGAGGAUUGUGAGGUUUCCAGUCCAGCACAGCUGAAAGCAAGCAUCUUUCCUUCAGAGUUCUCCCCACCUCCUACACUUUACCAUUCUUUAGCACAAAAGAGCCAAAGAGCCUCAAAAACCUCCUACACAGAUCCAGGUGACAUCAGGAAAGGUCAGCUGAGUCACUCCUUACCUGAUUUCUCCAAAGUGGAGCCGAGGGUUUGUUUCCCGAAGAGCGGAUACAAACCUCCCAAAAGUCGUAGUGCUGCUCGUGGCAUAACUUCACAUCUUCCUGUAUUGUUCAAAUCCCCUGCUGAGAUUGUGAGAGAGGUCCUGUUGAGCAGUACUUAUGUGUCUCCAGGAAGUCCCUCCUCCUGUGGGAGCCAGGAGCGUCUGAAGAGCACAGUACCAGAAGAAUUCCGCUGCCCCCAACAGGCUAGCACACUGGUCCAGCAGUUACAGGAGGACUAUAACAGGCUGUUAACCAAGUAUGCAGAAGCUGAAAAUACUAUCGAUCGUCUUCGCCUGGAAGCUAAGGUAGGUCUUUUCUCUGAUCCUCCCAAACCCAGUACAGCUAUACUGUCUGGUGUCAUCCAGGAGGGGUUAAAGGUCAUGACCCUCAGCUUUCCACAAGCACAGAGGGCAGAGUUUGGUGCAGGCUCUGCUCAACUGACACAACAUAAUUCAGAUAUUCCCAGAAAACCCUCCUCUCGCCCCUCGUCUGUGGACUCUGGCUCUUCCAGGAGGCUUGGAUCUAUGACUCCAGACCUUCUCAUUGAGACUCUGACCAAACAGACUCACAGAUUUCAGCUACAGGUUAAUGCUUUUGAAAAGCUUCUGAAGAAUGGCAAGCUAAAGCCAUGUGAACAAAUAAAGGGUCUCUCCACGCUGGCUGAGGGACAGGAGUCUUUGGAAAGGGCUUACCUGGACUCACGAGCCCAGUAUCAGAUACUGCAGCAAAGCCGAGGCUGGCCUGUGCACUUUGACCCAGACAGGGAACUAGAGGAUCAGAUCUUCAGAUCGGGGAUGCAAUUGGAGGAGCUGAGGGAUUGGGUGGAGCAAUUAGAACAGAACCGACCCAUCUCAGAACGUCCUUUAACUUUGACCCCUCACACAGACAUACUCUCUGAGUCCAUGCAUGAGGCUGAACCAUUACCUGAGAGCCCAUUGUCAGCUGUUCAUCCUCAGGCUUGUGUGGGUGUUGAAGUGAGUUCAGUUAGUGGAGAGAGUGAUGUAGACCGAGAGGAUGACGAGAUUCUUCCUUCUCUUCUUCAUCCUCUCUAUGACAAACGCCAGUGUGUGGAGAGAGAUUUCAGUAAUCUCAUGGACUGUUACCAGAGUUUAAAAGAGCUCCCCAGCCAUCUGGACAGAAGUGCACCCUUAACAAGCCAUGACUCUCUGGAUUUUGGAGACACUCCUUCUACCAGAAAUGAGACUGUGGAGGACAGACAGCGACACCAGUCUACCAAUGAAAGAGAGACAACCAAAAGUGCUCUGUUGCAGCCAGCAGCAGAUUGUGUCCCUCCCCCUGGCCCAUCUGUCAGGUCGCAGGUGUGUGACUCUAUGGAAACUGGCUCAGAUGCUCUUUGCCACCCCUCACUGUUGCCAGGGCAACCGGGCAGAGAGAGGAAAAUGGUAGGAAACAGGAAUAUUCACAGCAGCAGUCUGACCAGCCUGGCAGAGAGCACAGAACCUGGAAAUAAGGGCUUGAAAGUAAAGCCAAAGUCCGUUAGACCACCCCCUCUGGAUGGGGUUGUGUCUCCAGAAACAGACAGUGGGUUUAUGGGCUCUGAAAGCACUACGCUCACUCCUGCAGUUCAUAAUCCACUCCAGCAGAGGGCAGUUGUGAGUUCCAUCAAGCAAUCUGGUCCACACAUGAAGAAAAAAGUAAGGCCAGAGUCCACUCCUCCCUCUGGACAGUCUUCAGGGAUUUCCCCAUCUUGGUCACAUCCCUCUCUGAUUCCCCCAGUAGAACACUUUAGGGCAUCUGGAGGACAGACAGAUCCUGUGAGGAGGAGUGGAAGGGAGGAAAGGUGUUCUGCUACCAGCCUUUCUACCUCUAUCUCCCCACUUCAUUGGCCUGAUUGCACUCUACAUCCCUGGGCGAGCAGCCUGACCAGCCUAGAGCAUAGCAGUGACCAGGUCCAUUCCUUAUCAGGGGAAAAGGCACAGGAUAACCGCUAUACACAACCAACCAAUCAGCAGCUCCGCUCUCACAGAAUCCCCUCCCUCCAUGUGCCCUAUCACCACAGCAACCACCUUAAAGCCCAAAGUUCUGUCCAGCUAACAAAUCACCAAGAGGCUCUUCAGUCCCUACAGCAGGAAGUGAACUUACUGAAAGAAAGACUAGAGGGAAGUCCAAGGCAUUCGAACCUUGCCAGCCCUAUUGGAGUGCCCCCAUCUGCCACGGAGGAUAUCAGGGAUCACGCACACCCACUGACCUCCACACCUCAGUGGCAUGGUUUAAGGCAUUUGGAGAAAUCGGUGAUCAGCAGGCAGAAGGAGAGGGGGAGGAAUAUAGAGAAAGAGAUAAAAGAGAGAGAAAGCAGACCAAGACCUGCCAUGAGGCAGAGAUCAUCGUUACCUCAGUAUCGGCCUAAAACAGAUCUGAUUGCUGACUCAAAGCACGCCCAGUCUGAGCCAAAAUCAUUAAUAUUAAGUCACAUGCCAGUGUCACCCAUAAAAACAUCAAGAGGAAGAAGACGAUCCAGAGCAGGUUUUGGACAUCUCUUGGACGACUCUACCAGGCAGCAGGCUGGCUCAUCUGCGGGCAGAUCAGAUGAGAGUGAUGAAACAGAAUCGAGCCGAGGGCCAGAACCUGCCUGCCCACACUGCUUGUCAGCGCAUACUGCUGGCUCUACACGACCAAUGAGGAGCAGAAGUUCACCACGUCUUACCCAGACUUAUUGUAGCCAUUGUCCAUUGUGUGGUGCUUUACAGCCCAGUCAAACCAGAGCUCAACAACUAGCAAAUCAGGACCCAGUCUUCAUUCCCACAAGGAAUCAGCCUUUAAGAUCUCAGGACAGAAUAGGCAUGAACGUGGCAGUGGCUCCUCCACCUACAGGUGGUGUUCCUGUUGUCCCAUAUGUGCCAGUCUAUCCUUCAACUCUUUACGUUUCCAGCCCGGUAGCAACACAGGCCUACUCACAACCCUUUAACAUCUCAGUGAGUCACUCUAGAGAUGAAAGUUUGGGGGACAGAGGUCAUCGCAGACGCUCUCUCUCUAUGGACCAUCAACAGCGUUCUCUAAACAGCUCUCUAAAUCGUGCCCUAACCGGAGCUAGGAACAUGAGACGGGUCUCGAAUCACAUGGCUCACUCUCUUGCCUCAGGACUGCAGAAUGCAAGCUUCCUCACCACAUCCUGCACUUACUGACUUUUACGUUAACAUUUAUUCAUUAAGCAGAUGUGUUCAUAAUAAUAAGACAGCUAUCUCUCUGCUUCACAGUUGUGUCCCAUGACAGAAAGGAUAUGUGUUCAUUAUUAUUAGUUUACAUAUUAAGUAGUUUGGCUGUGAUGGGCAGACAUGCACUCUCUGACAUGGGAAUCUAAUGUGAAAUGUCUCAGGUGAAGUGCUGCCUUACAAAAUGGUAGCUGUGUUAUGGCAGCUGCAACAUUCCACAAAAGUUUGUACAUAUAUUAGCUCAAAUUUUUUGGGAAACUGAAGCCACAUUUAUUAGUUAUUUGCUCUGAUUAUGAUUAGUUAUGUGCAUUAGGUGACAGAAGUUUUUCUAUUUUGUAAUACUUAUUUUAUUGUUUGUCUGAUGAUUUAAAGACACGGUUAGAGCAGGAAUCUUCAGGAAAGCGGUUCUCCAAGGUAAAUGUCAAAGACAUUACAUUUUACAAAAUGUAGUAAAGAUCAGAGUAGUUUAAGAUCAAUUUUAAUUAUUUUGUGUUUUAGAUUUAUAGAGCUGUAAUUUUAUAAAUUUGCUACUAUAAAAUUACUCUAUAAUGUUCAGUUACAUGUGUUUG